UGACAAUAUUUUUAUAAGAUUAAGAAAUGCUUGACAAACAACAACAGUUAUGAUUCGAAAUCGAUCGUUUGUGAGAUAUACUAUCAAAAUCCGCAAAAAAAUCACGUUUUUCUCAACACAAAAACACAUCUAAAACACUUAUCACUAUGAAAUGUGUGCGAAAAUGAUAAUAAAGCGUCGUUGACACGAAGUAACUGCACUUCAUCGUGUAUAUAGGUGGAUUCAUCGUGCAAGAAAAAAAUCCCACCAUGUCUUCGAACCCUGAAUCGAAGCUCCGUGAUGAAGAAACUGACGACAUUUUCGAUAUAAUGGGAGUUUUUCCAAUGAUGACUAUCGGAGCCGACGUUAACGAUAUCCCAAGCAGCAAAGGAUCAGUCUCUAAACUCGAUAUAUUUUUCAUAUCAUUUUCCAUCUUGACUCACAUCGUCGAUGUGUGUUUCGAUCUCAGUCUGUGCCUCAGAUAUUUCUUGGAUGGUAAUGAUUUGUAUUUCUAUUGGACAAUGGCUUUUCUUUUUAUCCCGUCGCUUAUCAACAUGGUUAUCAGCUUAAGGAUGUACAAUCAAGAUAUAGAGAUGAAUCCAGGCUCGGAGAUCCAUAAGCGCAAAGGUUUUGCUAGUCGAGCUAUUAGAAACAAAUUUUACUGGAUUUUCAUAUUGAUUUUUCAACUAGCUCCAGUCCUUCGUCAUAUAGAUGGCCUCAAGUAUGCCCUCAAAUCUCGAAAGUAUAAAAAAGAAGGGGACCAAUUGAAACAAAGAAGAUAUUACGUUAAAAUGCUCAAAGAAGAUCAAGAUAUUGCUCUGCUCAGAGUUUUUGAGUGUUUUUUGGAAGCGGCGCCUCAACAAAUCCUGCAACUAACGAUCAUGCUCCAAAAUUAUCAUCAGUCUUUCACUAUGCAGUUACUACAUCAAGUCGGCAGUAUCUGCAGCUCUCUGGUCAGCAUGGGGUGGGCUAUGGCCAGCUAUAAUCGAAGCAUCAGACUUGCACAAUGGGAUAAAUCCAACAUCGGGGUUGUUGGAACUUUGCUACAAUUCCUCUGGCACUUUUUGAUAACUGUGUCACGAAUCAUUUCGAUAAGCGCCAUAGCAAGUGUUUGGGUUGUGUACACCGGAAUAUACUGCGGUCUUCAUUGGAUAGCAAUGACUAUUUGGUUAUUGUUCGAGCCUUCAGGAGCAACGGAAUUUUGUCGCGAUCGACGACGGCCACCUCACACACCUCUAACGAUUCGCGAACGUAUAGGGUCUCUCAUGUUCGCUUCGGUCCUCGGUGUAGUUUAUAUUUUUAUAUAUCUCAAUCCAACCGAUGGGCCAACGUUUUUCAGGCAUUCCGUCUAUUAUAUGCUGUGUUUGAUAGAAAACAUUGCAGCCUGUUCGUUAUGGGCAUUCGUUGCUUCUGCUGAAAUUAUCGAACGUUGGUACUUCGAGCUUCUCAUAGCUUUGUGCAUAGUACCGUUUGUCAUCGGUGCCACGUCCAUGAUUCUCUAUUACAAAUACUUUCAUCCUACAACGAAAAUGACUAGACAGCCAGUUUUACAAAAUAGCUAACGUCGUUGCAAACAUCUAUCGUCAAUUCAACAAGAGAAUCAAAAAAAACAUUCCAGAAUUUGCUCUCUUCGAAAUACUGCCAUAUAUUUUUAAACCAUGUAUCACCAUGAAUUCUCACGGAAGAUCUUUUUUCUUAUGCUCAAUUUUCAAUCCUCAUGUUGGCUCCGGACAUACCUGAAUUAGGCUUUUUCUACAAUCUUUAAAAAACCACCAAAAAUAUAGUUGGGAAUAACAUUCGAAUGAAAUUUCGAAAUAUCCCCAAAAUGCCGGCAGAGGAACUUGAGAUUUUUUUUAUAGAGAAUUAGAAUGUAUGGAGAUUUGUGAAUAGUUUUCGAGAAUAUUUGCCUCAAAAUUUUUGAAACUAGGAAUUUCAAUAAAAUAUCACCCGCUCUCGUAAUCGAAUAGCCAACCAAUGAUAGCAAAGAAAAUCAAUUUCUUACUUUUGUAGCCGAAAAGUGAACAAUUGUGGAUCGGAAUCCAAAAAAUGAUUCGAACUUCAGAUUCAACUUUAAGUUUUUUCAUCCUCUGAAUCCA